AUGGCGGCUAGAGCUCAUGACAUGGCGGUCAUAGUUCUUAGAGGCCAGUCAGUUUCGGCCGCCAAGGAUAUUCCGAAGGCGGCCGCUGAAGCAACUGAAGCAUUUCAUCCGUCAGAAUCAUCCAACAGAGAAAACUCUGUGGAAUUAGUUAGCAUUGUUAACCAACCGUCAGAAUCAUCGAAUGGAGAAAACUCUGAAGAGGUCAGCAUUAAUGACCAAGUGAUCAUACAAGACGUCGUUGAGUCGGCUUGGAGGUUACUUAUCCCUGCUUCAGCAGCCGCCAAGGACACUCAGAAGGCAGCCACUGAAGCAGCGGAGGCAUUUCAGCCAUCAGUAUCCUCAGACAGAGAAAACUCCGGGAUAAUUACCAUCGUUGACCGAGUCAUACAAGACGUUGUCGUUGGAGAAUUACCGGAUUAUAGUGUGUUGUUCAUGGACGAGGAAGCACUUUUCUACAUGCCAGGAUUACUUACAAAUAUGGCCGAAGGGCUAAUGCUACCUCCGCCUCAAUGUAUAGACGGAUAUGUAAUGGAAGCUGAUGAUGUUGACAUGUCUUUGUGGAGUUAUUGA